AUGGCUUCUGAUUCUCAGUGGACUGGUGUCCAGGUCCGCAAGACCUUCUUGGACUUUUUUGCAGAGCGGGGUCACAAUGUUGUCCCCUCGUCGUCGGUCGUCCCUCACAAUGACCCCACAUUGCUCUUCACGAAUGCGGGCAUGAACCAGUUCAAGCCCAUCUUCUUGGGCACCAUUGGCAAGACGGAGGAUAUGGCCCAGCUGAAGCGUGCGGUUGACACACAAAAGUGCAUUCGCGCCGGUGGCAAACACAAUGAUCUCGACGAUGUCGGCAAGGACAGCUACCACCACACUUUCUUUGAGAUGUUGGGCAACUGGUCUUUCGGCGAUUACUUCAAGAAGGAGGCCAUUGCGUGGUCUUGGGAGCUCCUCACAAAGGUCUACGGGCUGGACCCUCAGAGACUUUAUGUCACAUACUUCGAGGGCAGCCCAGACCUUGGUCUCGAGCCGGAUCUUGAGGCCAAGAACCUCUGGCUUGAGGUUGGUGUUCCCGAGGACCACAUUAUCCCCGGCAACAUGAAGGACAACUUCUGGGAGAUGGGUGACCAGGGCCCUUGCGGUCCUUGCAGCGAAAUCCACUACGACAAGGUCGGAGGCGGCCGGAAUGCCGCCCACCUCGUCAACAUGGACGACCCCUUGGUGGUUGAAGUCUGGAACAUUGUCUUCAUCCAGUUCGACAGACAGGCCGACAAGUCUCUCAAGUCUCUCCCUGCGAAGCACAUCGAUACCGGUAUGGGCUUCGAGAGACUGGUGUCUGCCCUCCAGGACAAGACCUCCAACUACGCCACCGAUAUCUUCACUCCUCUCUUCACCAAGAUCCAGGAAGUUACCGGUGCCAGGGAAUACACCGACAAGUAUGGCAAGGACGACGUUGAUGGUAUCGAUACCGCCUACCGUGUUAUUGCCGACCAUAUCCGUCUGCUCUCUUUCGCCAUUGCCGACGGCGCUGCCCCCAACAACGUUGGACGCGGCUAUGUCGUUCGCCGUGUUCUCCGCAGAGGUGUCCGUUAUGCCAGGAAGUACUUCAACGCUGAGAUUGGUACUUUCUUCUCCAGGAUUCUCCCCGCGUUGGUGGAGCAGAUGGGCGAGCAGUUCCCUGAGCUUGUGAAGAAGCAGAUCGACAUCCAGGAGAUCCUUGAUGAGGAGGAGGUCGCCUUCGCCGUUACGCUUGACCGUGGUGAGAAGCAGUUCGAGAAGUACGCUGCUCUUGCUAUCAAGAGCGGCGAGAAGAAGCUUUCCGGUGCCGAUGUCUGGAGGCUUUACGACACUUUCGGUUUCCCCGAGGAUCUCACCAAGCUUAUGGCUGAGGAGCGUGGCCUCACCAUUGAUGAGGCUGAGGUCAACGAGGCCCGCGAGAAGGCCAGGGAGGCUUCCAAGGCCGUCAAGGAGGCUGUUCAGGAGUUCGCUAAGCUCAACGUCCACCAGAUCGCUGAGCUCGAGACUACUCUCCACAUCCCUCGCCCCAACUCUGAUGCCAAGUUCCUCAAGGGUGAUGCCAAGGGCAAGGUCCAGCUGGUCUUCGACGGCAAGGAGUUCCUCAAGUCCAGCAAGGAUCUUCCUGCCAAGACCCCUCUUGGUCUCCUGCUCGACAACACCAACUUCUACGCCGAGUCCGGUGGUCAGGUUGCUGAUACCGGCCGCAUCAUUAUCGAUGGCGUUGCCGAGUUCAAAGUCCUCGACGUUCAGGAGUACGGUGGUUACAUUGUCCACAACGGUUUCCUCGAGUACGGCGAGCUUACUGAGGGUGAUGAGGUUGUUUGCGAGUACGACGAACUCCGCCGUCAGCCCAUCCGCAACAAUCACACUGGUACCCACAUCCUGAACCACUCUCUUCGUGAGGUUCUUGGGGAUGAGAUCAACCAGAAGGGUUCGCUGGUCGACCAGGACAAGCUCCGUUUCGAUUUCAGCCACAAGGCUGCUAUUUCUCCGGAGGACAUUAAGAAGAUUGAGGAUCUGUCCAACCACUAUAUCCGUCAGAACCUCAAGGCCUACUCCAAGGACGUUGAUCUCGAUCUUGCUCGCGAGAUCGAGGGUGUCCGCGCCGUCUUCGGCGAGACCUACCCCAACCCGGUCCGCGUCGUCUCCAUCGGCAUGGAGGUUGACGAGCUGCUCAAGAACCCCAAGAACCCCGAGUGGCGCAAGAUCAGCGUCGAGUUCUGCGGCGGCACCCACGUCGAGAACACCGGUCUGAUCAAGGACCUGAUCAUCGUCGAGGAGAGCGGUAUCGCCAAGGGCAUCCGCCGUAUCGUCGCCUACACCGGCGAGGGUGCCCACCAGGCCCAGCGCGACGCCCAGGUCUUCAGCGAGAAGCUCGAGCACAUCAACGCCCUUGAAUACGGCCCCCAGAAGGCUGCCGAGAUCAAGGCCGCCGCCGUCGAGCUCGACGGCCUCACCAUCUCCGUCCUCACCAAGGAGGAGCUCCGCACCCGCUUCACCAAGAUCCAGAAGGAGGUUGUCGACGAGCAGAAGAAGCGCCAGAAGGCCGAGAGCAAGACCGCCCUCGACACCGUCGCCAGCCACUUCUCCAAGGACGAGAACAAGGAGUCCAAGGUGUUCGUCGGCCACCUCCCCAUCUCGGCCAACGCCAAGGCUAUCUCGGACGUUAUCACCUACUACAAGACCAAGGACAAGGAGAGGUCCGUCUACGUCUUUGCUGGUAGCAAGGACGACCAGGUCAUGCACGGUGUUUAUGUCGGCACCGCCCUCUCUUCCAAGGGUGUCACCGCCGAGCAGUGGACCUCCGCCGUCAGCGCCGUCAUCGGCGGUAAGACUGGUGGCAAGGAGCCCAGUCGUCAGGGUGCUGGUGCCGAGCCCGAGAAGCUCGAGGAGGCCGUCAAGAAGGCCGAGGAGUGGCUUUCUGAGAAGCUCAAGGACCUUAACAUCUAA